CCCCCUGCUCAGUGGCCCGGAUGUAGGCUGGAUCGCUGCUGCUGUUGCUGCUGGUACGCAGGCGCGGCCCGUAUCUGGGGGUUCUUGUUGUCCGCGGCCUGGGCCGCUGUGGAGCGGGCGGGGGGUGCCGGAAGAAACGGAGCUUUUCUUCACUUCGAAUUCGGGUUAAACCAAAGAUUGGGAUUGUAGCGUCUGUGCCCACAGCGUCUCUCCGCGUGCAGAAAGCUGGAUCCCGCCGACACCAUGUCCAUCACAAACACCCCCACAAGCAACGACGCUUGCUUGAGCAUCGUGCACAGCCUGAUGUGCCAUCGGCAAGGAGGGGAGAGCGAGACCUUUGCCAAGCGUGCCAUCGAGAGCCUGGUCAAAAAGCUGAAGGAGAAGAAGGAUGAACUGGAUUCGCUGAUCACAGCAAUAACGACCAAUGGCGCGCACCCCAGUAAAUGUGUCACCAUUCAGAGGACACUCGAUGGCCGGCUACAGGUUGCCGGUAGAAAAGGCUUCCCUCAUGUCAUCUAUGCCCGCCUUUGGAGGUGGCCAGACCUUCAUAAGAAUGAGCUGAAGCACGUAAAGUACUGCCAGUAUGCGUUCGACCUGAAAUGUGACAGUGUCUGCGUGAAUCCCUACCACUACGAGCGCGUCGUAUCCCCUGGAAUAGAUCUUUCAGGACUGACGCUUCAGAGUUCUGCCCCAUCCAGCUUGUUGGUGAAGGACGAGUAUGGCCAUGACUAUGCCGAGGGUCAGCAGUCAAUUUCUGCAGGCGACGGACAUUCAAUUCAGACUAUCCAGCACCCACCAAGCAGCAGGGCAUCCACUGAGUCCUAUAGCAACCCAUCCAUGCUGGCACCGAGUGAACCCAGCACACCCAAUCCCACCAGUUUCUCCAGCAUUCCUGUCCCUUCAACAAGCCAACCGGCGAGUUUACUGGCAGCGACUCACAACGACGGGCUGCUUUCCAUCGCUCCUGUGCCUCCACAAGGGACACAAAAUGGCUUCACCGGUCAGCCAGCAACAUAUCAUCAUAACAGUACUACAACCUGGACUGGAAGUAGAACAGCAGCUUACACACCUAAUAUGUCUCACCAUCCGAACGGACAUCUUCAGCAUCACCCACCCAUGCCCCAUCCUGGACAUUACUGGCCUGUCCAUAAUGAACUUGCAUUUCAGCCUCCAAUUUCAAAUCACCCAGCUCCUGAAUACUGGUGCUCCAUUGCCUACUUUGAAAUGGACGUUCAAGUGGGAGAGACCUUUAAAGUUCCCUCGAGCUGUCCCAUCGUCACUGUUGAUGGAUACGUGGACCCAUCCGGGGGUGAUCGGUUUUGCUUAGGUCAGCUUUCCAAUGUUCACAGAACAGAGGCCAUCGAGAGGGCAAGGUUACACAUAGGGAAAGGCGUGCAGCUGGAGUGUAAAGGAGAAGGGGACGUUUGGGUUCGCUGCCUCAGUGAUCACGCAGUGUUCGUCCAGAGCUACUACUUGGACAGGGAAGCUGGGAGGGCCCCCGGGGACGCCGUGCACAAAAUUUAUCCCAGCGCAUACAUUAAGGUGUUUGAUUUACGUCAGUGUCACCGGCAAAUGCAGCAACAAGCCGCAACCGCGCAGGCAGCAGCCGCCGCCCAAGCCGCCGCCGUGGCAGGCAACAUCCCAGGACCAGGGUCCGUGGGGGGAAUAGCCCCGGCUAUCAGUCUGUCAGCGGCCGCAGGAAUCGGCGUGGAUGACUUGCGCCGGCUGUGCAUCUUGAGGAUGAGCUUCGUGAAAGGGUGGGGACCCGACUACCCGCGGCAAAGCAUUAAGGAGACGCCCUGCUGGAUCGAAAUCCACUUGCACCGCGCUCUGCAGCUGUUGGAUGAAGUCCUGCACACAAUGCCUAUUGCCGACCCGCAGCCUCUGGACUGAUAAAGCUCAGCCGGGCACCAUCGCUAAUGUAACCAGUACAUUCAUAGGAUGGGAGGACUGUCACAUGACCUUUGUAACCAUGAAUAUAUAUAAAUAUAUAUAUAUAAAUAUACAUAUCUUCUUGAUCUGCUUCCUCUCUACAAGCUGGGGUCAAUACAAAUGUAUUAUUUCCUGUUUUUAUGCCGCGUAGCGAUUCUCCUGUUUACACUGAGCUCGUUUACCCUGACCCUUUACAUUACGAUAUGUAUUUCAAGGCCUAUGGACUUCAGGAGGGGGUUAUGGACCGGAACAUGUACAGAUCAAUGCGAGCGGUGACAGUGUGACACGU